GUCCCUCUCUGGGCACCUUUUCCUCCAGCCAGUGUGUGUUUGAGAGAGACAGGGACAGAGACACCCCAGGCCUUUACCAUGAAGCACUGUGUGCUGUUGUCGCUGUUGUUGGCGUUGGGAUACAUGCACGUCCACAGCGCACCAACAAAGCAGACAGACGGCAUUGAGGAUGGCUCGUGUGAGGACGCGUCGGCCAAGGGAGCUGCAGGACUUGCUAUGACCAAGAUCAACGAGGACCGGCAGGAGGGCUACAUCUUCGCCCUGCACCGCCUGUCCAACGUCCACACGAUGAAACAUGGAGAGAACGCCGUGGUUUUCUACCUGACUCUGGAUGUCGUGGAGACCAACUGCAGUGUUCUCAGCAGGAUGGACUGGAAGGCCUGUGAGGCUCGCCCCACCCAUAACACACCGGUAUACGGACAGUGCAAAGCUGCUAUCUACAUCAGUAAGGUGCACAGGGUGGUGCGUCUCUACAAAUACGACUGUGUUGUCACGCCAGUUCCUGCAGUUAGGGUGUUUGAGACAUGUCCUGACUGUCCGUCUUAUACUUCCCUGGACAACGCUGAGGUUCAGAAGACUUUGUCUCUCUCGCUGGAGAAGUUCAACAAUGAGAACGGGUUGGCCAAUCGUUUCGCUCUGCUCAAAGUCAACCGCGCUACAUCCGGGAUGGCAAUGAAGAUGUACUACAACGUCGAGUACACCAUCCAGGAGACCACGUGCGCCAGGACUGCAGGAGCAGCUGAUAAUUGCCCCCUCAUGGAGUGCGAGUUCGCUCACAAGGGCUUCUGUAAGGCAUCCCUCUACUACUCUCCCACUGAUGAUGCUAGCAUCAGCGUAGAGUGUGAGAUCUAUGAGCCUGAGGCUGCUGAGAAAGAGAAGAAACACCACCUGCUGGGCGGAGAGACCGACCACAGCCACAAUGACACACACGCACACGACCACGACCACGACCACGACCACGCACAUGGCACCGACAACACGCACGACCACGUGCACGACCACACCAAGAGCCACAGCCACCAUAACAUAACCCAGCAGCACGCCGACAGCAGCGACCACCACCACACGCACGACCACGACACCGACAGCGGCCACAGGCACGCCCACUCCCACGACCACGGCCACGGUCACGAUCACGUGCACACUCAUCACGCCAUGGCGCACAACCACAGCGGCGACUUCCCCAACCAGCAUCACAACUACAAGCACGGCGAUGCCGUGCACACUCACGAGCACGACCAUGAGUUGGCUCUCGAUCACGACCACAACCACGCUCACCUGCAUGAGCACGAGCACCACCACCAUCACCACGACCACGAGCACGAGACCACGGCGCACGACCACCCAAAGGGCUCGGUGAGGACGCUGCCCGCCAUGAACCAGCCCAUGACCCUGCCUGCCUUCCCUGAUGUCCCCAGCGGAGAUGUGGGAGUCAUCCUGCUCCUCAAGCUCGACCCCCAGAUCCCCGGACAGACGGAGCCCAACAUCCAGGCCUUCCCCACCACAGUGUCGGCCCAGUGCGCCCCUGCCCCGGCGGGAACCACCUUGGUGGAGAAAGUUUUUGCUGAGGACCCCAGGUUCAAGCCAGCUGCAUGAGGUGGCCCAAUGGGAACUCAUUUGGGAACUGAAUGGAUAAAUAAAAAACUAAAACAGACCCACACAGACUGAAGUAAAUAAUGGGAAAUAAUUGACACAUUUGCUUUAGACAUACUGAUGGGUAUUGUAACACACCUUGACUGCUUCCCUGGGUCAUUCUUGGGCCACAUCCUGGUUUUUUAAGCACAAUACAUGUAACCAUUCCUGUCUCUAAUCACUUUAAGAUAAGAUAAGAUAUGGUAGAUAAGAUAGACUUUACAAAUCCAGCUGAAGUUAAACCAUCCAGUAAAGGCACAUUUCAUUAAAAAGGCACUACAUUCACAUUGAAACACCGGUUGUUUCCCAUUUUGAUGGAAAUGGAAAAU